GGAGGGGUGCGGUAAACGGGAAGUGCGGCUGAUUCACUUCGCAAACAUUUCCAGUCGUGUGUGUGUGUGUUUGUGUGUGUGUGUGUGAGAGACAGACAGAGUUUAACUAAAAGUUUGUCUUUUCCUAAUGUAAAGUUCCUAGACGCUGUCGGUUUUGGUUUAAUUCACUAAAAUCCCCACAUUAAAGUCAUCCAGCUGGUGGUUUAGCAAGCAGCACUCACUAUGUCUGAUGGGGACUACGAUUACCUCAUCAAGUUCCUAGCUCUGGGGGAUUCUGGGGUGGGAAAAACCAGCUUUCUGUACCAGUACACGGACGGCAAGUUCAACUCCAAAUUCAUCACCACAGUGGGCAUCGACUUCAGAGAAAAGAGGGUGAUGUACAAGUCCAGCGGGCCUGAUGGUGCGGCAGGGCGGGGCCAAAGGAUACACAUCCAGCUGUGGGAUACGGCCGGCCAAGAGAGGUUCAGGAGUUUGACCACGGCCUUCUUCAGAGACGCCAUGGGUUUCCUGUUGCUGUUUGAUCUGACGAACGAGCAGAGCUUCCUCAACGUCAGGAACUGGAUGAGUCAGCUACAGAUGCAUGCGUACUGUGAGAACCCUGACAUUGUUCUGUGUGGGAACAAGUGUGAUCUGGAUGACCAGCGAUUCGUUAAAGAGGAGGAAGCUCGAGAGCUUGCCAGUAAAUACGGCAUCCCGUACUUUGAGACGAGUGCGGCGAACGGCGAGAACGUCGCCCAGGCCGUGGAGGUCCUGCUAGAUCUGAUCAUGAAGCGCAUGGAGAGGUGUGUGGACCGGUCUUGGAUCCCCGACGGCACCAUGCGCUCUAACGGGCACAGCGGGAGCGAGAUGGUCGAACCGCCGACGCAGGAGAAGAGCAAGUGUGCCUGCUAGUGGCCGAAGGGUGCCAUCGUGCCACAUUGUUAUCGAAACGUUCACUUAGAUUAGCACGUAAAACAGUGGCCGCUAUUGGCCGAACGGCACCAUUACACCUUCUUACACUGAUAUUGAUGUCUGUCUGGAUUCAUCUUUAUGCUUUAUACAGUAAUCAGGCCUGAGGUUUUCCAAACCGAAUUAGAGAGUAAAAAAAAAACUAAUUGGACACAAAUUAAAAAAAAAAUAAAUUUGGAUUAAUUCAGACCAACAGAUCCAACAAACUCACACGCUGUGAAAUGAGUAACGCUCGAUAAAGUGGCCUACAGUAAGUGUGUCAGAUUAAUUCUCACUGCUGGUCUCUCAGGUGAAGAGAGACAUUUUCCUUGACCUGUGCAUGCUAAUGGACUGUAGAUUGGAUAGAUUGGACUGGGAGGGGUUACACCGAGAAAAUCUGUGUGUCACUUUUUUUAUCAGGUUGAUGAAGAUAACGAUAAAUACUUUAAAAGAAAAGGCUUUAUUAAAACGUAUAUAAAGUCAUGGUUUCACACCAGAGCUAGCCUGGAUCCUGCCGUGAAAUUUAGAUAUGUAGUAAUGGAAGUCUGUCACAACACCUUAAACCUAAGCCACACCCACUUCUUCAGUGAUUGAGGACUUGAGGUGCACUUAAUGCAUACGAGAUCUCGUCUCAUUUUAUGUCACAUUGUUUGUCACAUUGAACACCGAGCUGUUCAGCAUCAUCUAUACGAGUUAAACGUUAUAUAGGCGGUCAUAUUGGACAACCACCAUGGAAUCUCUCAUCUCAAGCUCAGAUUGGAAUCACCACGCCCCUUUAGGCUCCGCCUCCACAGUGUUUUAAAGACAUAGGUGUUGAACUCCAGGUGAAUAUCACACAAAGUAAGUGCAUGUGCUUAUGGAAAGAUUUCCAUGAAAUAGACUUCUGUUAUUAGCCAAAGUGUGAUUAGAUUUUUUUUUUCCGUCCUUAAACCUGUCUUGCUAAGCUGAAUUGUUUGCCAGCUCAGUUGGGUUGUAAAUUUGACUUCGUUCUUUAUUCAUUUCAGUUCUUCAACAUCGGCGUAAUACAGUGCAAUACGUGUGAUGUAGUUAUCUCAACGUCUCUGUCGAAAUUUACUACGUCACGAAUGAUAUCAAUUCCUUUUCAAUCAGAUACUCGUAGUCGUCCGGUCCUCGGAGCAUGAAAUGAUUUGAGAUGAGAGGGUUUCAUUGUGGGCUACAUUAAGGUUUUUUUUUUGGGCACUUGUUUUGUUGUACUUUUUGUUUUGUUUUUAGUUGUAAUCAUCACGUCCCUGCGCUAAUCGCAGGUUAAAUCAGGAGUCCGGAUCGAGAGCAAACACGAUCGUGGAACGUCGACUCGACUCGCCGUACAUUUCACUUUACCUCUGAAUGAAUGUAUGUACCGACACGACCUAGCGUGUUUCGUUAGCUUUUAGAUACACCUGUGUAAACGGAAGCAGAGAAAACGAGUGUGUUAACACCGACACUAUACUGCACUAAGAUUCACACCUAAAGUGCCUAACCUAAUGUAUAAUCUUUAACACUGUAUCCAUGCCAAACACUGUCUCUAUGCCAAACUUUUUUUCUUUCCCAGAAAAUACAAUAUAUUUUAUUAUUUAUUAAAAUGGCUUCACAAAG